AUGUUGGCUUCAAGCCCGCGUUUCUCUAUGGAGGAGCGGAAGACUACUGCUCAGCGCGAUCGUUGUGAGCCUGAUCAUCCUAACACCGAGCAUCACGGCAUGGCAGUUCUCACCGGAAAAUCUAUCAAUGGGGAUGAAAACAUUAUUAUAAAAGUUUACGAAGUCGAAAGAGCAUCGUCAUCUUCCUCGUGCUCUACACCGCACAGCCCAGGCAACCGGGCAACCAAGAACAGUAACGGACGUAUCUCAAAACCUCAAAGUAAGCCUACCUCUCCUUCUCUCGCAUUAUUCUACCCAUUUUCAGAAAUGACGUCUCGAUUGUACAUGGAACCAUAUAUUGAUCGUUCUACAGUGCCCGCAUUAAAGCGCCUACACAGGCAGGGUCCAUUACCAAUAGUGUCUCAAAAGAAGAAAGUCCGUUUCUCAGAGGCCAAUAUCCACGCCACUACCACCAAUUACUCCGGAAACCGCAUUCGUGAAAUAAGCUCAUCUCUUCCUCCUAAAAUAUCUCCUCGCCUGAUUCUUCACGGACCUAAGCCGCCUCAACAGGACCGCAUUGUGACGUUAAUGUUCGAGGGUAAACUGAUCCGUGUUGUCAAAAUGGAAUAA